AUGCGCGUCGGGUACGUUGGUCUGGGGCUCAUGGGCAAGCCCAUGGCCAUCAACAUCCUCAAGGCAGGCUUUCCCGUGAGUGUGUGGAACCGCACAGCUUCCAAGUGCGACGACCUUGUCGCGGCAGGCGCCACGGCGUGCGCGACACCCGCUGAGGUGGCCGCAGGCUCUGAUGUUGUGUUUACAAACCUCUCAGACUCCCCCGACGUCAUGGAGGUCGUGUUCGGCGCCAAUGGCGUGGCAGCCGGCAUUCGCGAGGGGGCCAUCUUCGUGGACAACAGCACCAUCAAGCCUUCUGUCGCCCAGGAGAUCGCGCGGCGUCUGUGGGAAGAGAAAAAGGUGCGUGCGCUGGAUGCGCCAGUCUCUGGUGGCGACCUUGGUGCACGUAACGGCACCCUCACCAUAAUGGUCGGCGGCGACGCUGCUGCGCUUGAGGCUGUCUUGCCUGUGUUGCUCGCAAUGGGUAAGAAAGUGACGCAUAUUGGCGACAGUGGGGCGGGGCAGGUGUGCAAGGCGGCGAACCAGAUCAUGGUGGCCGCCCAGAUGGUCGCGCUCAGCGAGAUCCUUGUCUUCACCGAGAAGUGCGGCGUGCCGGGGCCGACGGUGAUCGAAGCCAUCAGGGGGGGCUCGGCUCAGUGCUGGACGCUCGACGUGAAGCCGGAACGCCUCUUCGCUGGCAACCGCGAGCCCGGCUUCAAGGCAGCCUUGCAGAGCAAGGACUUGGGCAUCGUGAUGGACUCAGCCAAAGAGUUUGGUGUGCCACUACCGUCCACCGCCGUCAACACGCAACUUUUUCAGGCGAUGGUGCAGAACGGCGACGGCGACCGUGACAACUCCGCCGUUGUCAGCGUUCUCGAGCGCAUGGCCAACGUCCACAUAUCGGAGCCGAAGAAGGCAUAG